CUUUUUUUUCUUUUUUCUUUUUUUUUGUGGAGAUGAGUUCUUGCUAUGUUGCCCAGGCUGGCCUCAAAGUCCUGGCCUCAAGCAGUCCUCCCACCUCAGCUUCCCAAAGUGCUGGGAUUACAGGCAUGAGCCACUGCAACUGGCCAUAGAGGCAAGUUUAAAAGUAUUAAGUUCUUACUGUGUGCCCAAUAUCACAUUUACUAUCGUGUGGGCACAAACAACCAUAACACUGUUGCUGUCCUAUUGGGCCCUCAGGAUGAAUAUGUAAUACAAAGUUAGAGGUGCUCCAAUGAUUCUUGCUUAAUGACAUUGAAUCAGCAAGGUUAGGUUAAUUUCUAAAGACUAUUAAAAUCAGAGAUUUGGACAGAUAGUGAUCACUGAGAGUCUUGGAGGAAUGAGGACUGUGGCACGUAAGAGUGCCAUUAGAGCUGCCCCGACACGUAAGCAGCUGGCCAGUGGGAGCUCUGUCGGUAGAAAUCUGAAGCAGAGGCCCGGUGGCCCAAUGGCCAUUGCAGAGGGAGCCCUGCAUCCAGUGGGAGGAUGGAUUACAUGACCACUAUGGGCUCCUUCCAAACUACAGACUAUUGUAGAUCAGCUCAGCCAAUGCUCAGCCUGCGAACCCAGCAGGACUGUCCCCUAAAUGGUAGGCAUUUGUUCUGUUGUGAACAAUCUCAGGAAAAGGAAAUUGUACAACAGCAGUAAGUUCUUAUCUUUGAUUUCAGUAUCUUCUGCUUCAUCUUAAGUCUUUAUUGUCCCAGCCCUGUAGAUGUAGGAGCUAGCUGAAUAUGUGCCUAGCGACAAUCUGUACUCUGAUCCCGUGUCUUUGCCACGUGGAAAGGACUGAAUUUAGGAACAGGAUUCAGUUUCUUAACUGGGAAUUCACAUUCCACUGCUAAUCCUGUUUCACUCCAUGAGCAAUUAUAGGAAGCUCUUUACUUUUGGGAUGCAUGGUCUAAUUAGGUUUAUUAUUUAAAAGAUUCUCACUCCAGGAAAAUAGGUUGUGAUCAUGCAACAGACAAAAAACACAGGUGCAUAGAAAGAAAAAGUGAUUUUCUCAAGGGCACCAGUCAGCUCAGGAUUUUAAAAUCGGGUACCCUGAUGUCUAGACAGUGACAAGGCUAGCAGAGAGUCUGGAAGUGAUGUCAUAUUUUAGUUUUCAUGGACCCAAGAGCCAGAAAAAGGACUAAAAGGCUGGCCUUUUUAAAAAAACCAGAUUUAGGGCCAGCUUUAGAAAGACAUGUCUAUCAGAGUGGCUGAACGAUGGAAUGAACGGCUUUAAGAAGAUCCCAUUUUUAAAAAUUCAAGGGCUAUAAAUCUGCAACCCCAGUGUGUGCCAGUCAUUUUGCUGGAGGUACUGGGGAAGCACACACAGACAUGGCCCCAGCCCCCAUGGAGUGCUCAGCCUGGUGGUAAGCAAUGAAACAGCAACAACAAAACAAGACAAUUUCCGCUCCUGCAAGGGCAGUGAAGGGAAACAGGGCCACGUGGUAAUGAUUGCCUGGGGUUAGGAAGGCCACUUUAUUUAUAUGGAGUGGUCCUUCAAGAAAGUCUACUCUGAAGAGGUGACAUUUGAGCUUUGAUCUGAAGGCUGAAAAGGAACCAGCAUUCAAAAGUUUAGAGUAAGAGUUCCAGGGGGUGGGACUAACAAGUGCCAAUAUCCUAGGGGAACCGGGUUUGUUCAAGAAAGAGAAAGGUCCAGGGAGGCUGGAAUAAAAUGAGGGAGGAAACAGUGCACGACGAGUUGAGGAAAUAGUUGGAGUCUAUAAGAAGUUGGAUAGUUGGUCAUUAAGUCCUUCUCUUAGGGGAUAUGAACCUUCUCCCCAGCUGCUUCGGAGGCGGAAGCAGAAUAGAUUUACUGCAGACGAUGAGCCCUUUGGGUAAAGUGAUUUAUGUCUGAUUUCUGAUGCUGGUUCUGUAGCAUUAUCAGUGUUUUCAAAGAUAGUUCUAAUUUAUUCCUCUUUGAAAUAUCCGUAGAGAUAACAGGAACUCUUGCAUUUUUCUCCUUGGCUGUGGCAGGACCCAAACAAACUUAUUUUGUUUUUGUAGGAAGGGGGAAAACUGGGUCAGCCUGUUUUGUCAUUUCAGGCAUGGAGUCCUGGUUCUAUUGCAGGGCCUUGUCUCCAUGGAAAUGAAAAAUAGUGUUUGUCAUGCCUGUUCCUGGAUUGAAUUCCAAACUCUGGACUGAACAGAAGCUGUAGGAAAGCCAGGCAGCAGGGGGGCGUGGGGUGAUGGAGACUCCAGCCAUGGUGAUGAAGGACCUCUUCUCCUUGGCCUGAGCAGGGAAGGCAAACAACCUUUGCCCAGGUCCAGCUCUUCCUAUCGCCUCUCUGGACUGAGAACGCCAGUAGAAGGCACUGCCAGUAACUCCAACCGCAGCACUCCGGCCUGCUCGCCCAUCCUCCGGAAGCGGUCUCGCUCGCCAACCCCGCAGAACCAGGACGGAGACACCAUGGUGGAGAAGGGCUCAGAUCACUCCUCGGACAAGUCCCCGUCCACGCCGGAGCAGGGCGUGCAGCGCAGCUGCUCCUCCCAGUCCGGCCGGAGCGGCGGCAAAAAUUCCAAGUAUGACAGACUUAACCUGAUCAAAAAAAGCCAGAGCUGGUAUAAUGUGUUAAGCCCCACCUACAAGCAGAGAAAUGAAGACUUCAGAAAGCUCUUUAAGCAGCUUCCAGACACGGAGCGCCUCAUUGUUGAUUACUCAUGUGCACUCCAAAGAGACAUUCUCCUUCAGGGCCGACUCUACCUCUCUGAAAAUUGGAUCUGCUUCUACAGCAACAUCUUCCGCUGGGAAACUCUGCUGACAGUCCGUUUGAAAGACAUCUGUUCCAUGACUAAAGAAAAAACAGCUCGCCUCAUUCCCAAUGCCAUCCAAGUUUGCACUGAUUCAGAAAAGCACUUCUUCACUUCGUUUGGGGCCCGGGAUAGGACGUAUAUGAUGAUGUUCCGGCUCUGGCAAAAUGCUCUCCUUGAAAAGCCUCUGUGUCCCAAGGAGCUCUGGCACUUUGUUCACCAGUGCUAUGGGAACGAACUGGGCCUGACCAGUGAUGACGAGGACUACGUGCCCCCUGAUGACGACUUCAACACAAUGGGAUACUGUGAAGAGAUCCCUGUGGAAGAGAAUGAAGUGAAUGACAGCUCAUCCAAGAGCAGCAUAGAGACCAAGCCAGAUGCCAGUCCACAGCUGCCCAAGAAAUCCAUCACCAACAGCACACUGACAUCCACAGGGAGCAGUGAGGCCCCCGUCUCGUUUGAUGGGCUGCCCCUGGAGGAGGAGGCGCUGGAGGGAGACGGGUCCCUGGAGAAGGAGCUCGCCAUUGACAACAUCAUGGGGGAGAAGAUUGAGAUGAUCGCUCCUGUGAACUCCCCUUCACUGGACUUCAAUGACAAUGAGGACAUCCCCACUGAGCUCAGUGACUCUUCCGACACACACGAUGAAGGGGAGGUCCAGGCCUUCUAUGAGGACCUGAGUGGCCGGCAGUACGUGAAUGAAGUCUUCAACUUCAGCGUGGACAAGCUCUAUGACCUUCUCUUCACCAACUCACCCUUCCAGCGGGACUUCAUGGAGCAGCGGCGCUUCUCUGAUAUCAUCUUCCAUCCAUGGAAAAAGGAGGAGAACGGAAACCAGAGCCGAGUGAUUCUUUACACCAUCACCCUUACCAACCCUCUGGCUCCCAAAACUGCCACUGUCAGGGAGACACAGACCAUGUACAAGGCGAGCCAGGAGAGUGAGUGUUACGUGAUAGAUGCUGAAGUCCUCACCCACGACGUGCCCUACCAUGACUACUUCUACACAAUCAACCGCUACACGCUCACCCGCGUGGCCCGUAACAAGAGCCGACUCAGGGUCUCCACAGAGCUGCGCUAUCGAAAACAGCCCUGGGGGUUAGUGAAAACCUUCAUCGAGAAGAACUUCUGGAGUGGGCUGGAGGACUACUUCCGCCAUUUAGAGAGCGAGCUGGCCAAAACGGAGAGCACCUAUUUGGCUGAGAUGCACAGACAAUCUCCCAAAGAGAAGGCCAGCAAGACUACGACGGUGCGGAGGAGGAAGCGUCCCCAUGCCCAUCUGCGAGUCCCUCACCUGGAAGAGGUGAUGAGCCCGGUCACCACGCCCACAGAUGAGGAUGUGGGCCACAGGAUCAAACAUGUGGCAGGUUCCACGCAGACGCGGCAUAUCCCCGAGGACACCCCCAAUGGUUUCCACCUGCAGAGCGUGUCCAAGCUGCUGCUGGUUAUCAGCUGUGUGAUCUGUUUCAGUCUGGUGCUGCUGGUCAUCCUUAACAUGAUGCUCUUCUACAAACUCUGGAUGUUGGAAUACACCACGCAGACCCUCACUGCUUGGCAGGGUCUAAGGCUCCAAGAAAGGGGUCUGGGAGCACAGGACAGUUCGCUGAGCAUAACUCCAGCUGCUGGGGUACCCCUUCUUCUACCCCACAGGUUACCCCAGUCUCAGACAGAAUGGGCCCAGCUCUUAGAGUCUCAACAAAAGUACCACGAUACUGAGCUCCAAAAAUGGAGGGAGAUCAUCAAAUCCUCAGUGAUGCUUCUUGACCAGAUGAAGGACUCGCUCAUCAACCUUCAGAAUGGCAUCAGGUCCCGCGACUACACGUCGGAAAGUGAAGAAAAGAGGAAUCGCUAUCAUUGACAAGGCAGGAACAGGGUGGCUGCAAGAGGCCUGUGCAAUACAUGUACAUAGACCAUAUAAAUAUAUAUAUAAAUAUAUAUAUAUACAGAAUAUAAAUAUAUAUAUUAUAUACAGAUUUUAAAAAAGAGAUAAUGCCUAUGUACCAGGGAGAAGGAGCGGGCCCUCCCGCUCCCUGUGCUGGCCGGAGCAGCGUUUUCCUGGGGUGGAGCAGCUGAGGAGGGCAGGAACCGCCUCUCAGCACUGACCACCCCUGAUCUCCCUCCUCCCACCCUCUGUUCCCCACCCCUUCCCUUGCUGGCCAUUCUUGGCUCUUAGAAGGGAAAUGUUGAGCCAAAGUUAUGCCUGUGAAGACCCUAGGGUCUCAAAAAGAAGUCUCAAGACGGCAUUGCUUAAGGUGCUUCGUUCCCUGAUCCCCUUUUGAUUUGUUUCCAAAAUAAAAGAGGAUCUUUUCUUCCCUGCCCCAGGCUUCCCCAGCCAUUCUCUCGGGAACACAGAAACAUCAAGGGAGCCCAGUCUAAACUCUUAGGCUUGGCCGCCCACUUGAUCCGGACCGUACUGAGCCUCAGAUGGAGAGGAUGCUUGGAAAGCUAGGAAGGCUGCAUUGGGGGGUGGCAGGCUCCCAAGACCCGUGUUCUGAAGGAUACUCUCCUCCAUCACCCCUGCACCGUCCUCCGACCUAUGUAGGGUGUGGACGCAGUAAGGGCUGGGAAUUUCUUACUUUCCCACCCACUUUCUCUCUGGUCUUCUCCCAGGCUGGAUCUGGGCGAAGUGUCACUUUUUAGUGCCUAAAGUCCUAUUGUUUUCUGUGCCCUAAGAGCACAUUGUUUAUUAGCCAGGGUGGAGCAUUUUUGACCUUAUUAAACCUCUUUUAGUGCUUCUAAGCAAGUCAGGUCUGUGGCUCUGAGGCCUUCACUUGGAGCUGUCAGUGUGAUUUCCAGGAUAAGUCAGGGUGUGCUGGGCCCUCCAGGAUUUGAGAGAGGAAGAGAAGGCCCUCGCUACGUCCGGGGUGCAGGGUUUACCCACAGAACACUGUGAGUGGUGAGCACCAAGAUGGGUUGCCAGCGUCAUUUGCUCUUGGAAUGAACCAGCAUUCGCCAAUGGAGACAACUGUCUGAGAUAGCUUGCACAUGGAAAAAGCAUCUAAGCCAUUGGAGGGAAGGAACUGGCAAAGGUGCAUGUGUUUGGGCAGGAAAAGGCCAAGUGAAAUCUAUGCCCCAAGGGAGUCAUUCCAAAUCCUGUGUUUCUCAGACUUGGAAAUGGGGGCUCUGGCAGGGGGUGGAGUACAAAUCCUGCUCUGGUCUCUGGCCCCACAGAGGUGUAAGAUCAUUAAGGAGUAGAAGGCACUGGCUUCAAAGAGUGAGACAUUCAGGGCCUUUUCAGUGUUGGCCCACUAGCACCAUGCAUUUAUCUGAAUUCACGGGGCCCUUUGGGCACAUUCAUCAUCCCUCAUAUACUAACUACUAUUUCUUCAUAUAAUGAUCAAAAGAGUCCCACCAGCUCCAGGCAGAGCUUGUGGAGAUUCAUGAAAGAGUCACAGCCAAUUGGGCGUGCAGAGCUCUUCAGUCUUGCUUGUUCUCCUGGGCUUCUUGAUGCAGGGGCAGAAGGAACCCCAGAUGUCCCAGAUGUCCCAGAACAUCAGCCCAAAAGACAGAAGAUUUCAUCACUCAUCUACCCCACAAAGUUGUAUUUUUCUCUUAGAAUGGCCUUUAAUUCCCUGUGACAGUUUCUGACUUUUCCAUGUGAAGAUAAGGCCUUGGUAUUUCCCUAAGGGCAGGAUCAGAAAACAGGAAGGUCCAUGCCCAGGUCAUCCUCCAAGGGAGGAGGGUGAGGAGGCUCCAAGUCAUCAGCCAGAGCAGGUAUUCCUCCCCUAGAAGAGGAGAUGGGAGGAAAUGCAGUUUCGUGUCAUCCCUGUGAAGAGUGCCUACGCGCACAGCCCAGUGUGUCCUUGUUCACUUCUUGUCUAGGACUUUGGGUAAGGGACACUGGUAGGGAUCAAGGCUCAUGGGCUCUGAGCCAAAGAAGGAGGCAUGGUGCAGACUGCUGGAAUCUCCCCCUUGGCACAGUCAAAAGCCAAAACUAUUCCCCGAAAGUUUUGAAUGCAAAAAUUGGAGAUUCCUGAAUUUAUUCCAUACAUAAUUAUUUACUUAAGUUAUUUAAUGAUGAAAGGUGCCAUGGUGGAACCGGUGGGAUGACUUUAAAAGGGUUCUUUGUUUGGAGUCAAGUGACAGAGCAGACCUGGCCGCAGGGAGUUGUUCUGCUUCUGCUUUACCUCUCAGGACCAUUUCCAGCAGGAGAAGGUGGCAGGGAGGGCAGUACUGAGUAUGUCAGAAGAACCCUCCUGGUUUUUUAGUGAUUUGAACCCAGUAGACAAUGUGUGCACAUAGGGAAUGCGCUUUAAGAAUUGUGGGUCUCUUGUAGGCUCUCUCUGUUCCAAUAAUUUUUUGACCAUCAUACCAGGAGAAAACCAACAACUCUAUUCAUUCCCAAACAAAAUCUCUUCCCCCUUGGUUAAUAGCUUGUGAAAGAGAUCUUAACUCACCCUUGCAGAUAAGUCUGGGAGUGAAACAAAUAAAUAGCAUUGUAUUCCUGGCCAUUAGCCUGGCUAGUUGCUGUCUACAAGGGAGCAUCAAAAAAUCACUACUUAUGUAACUUCUUCCAGCCAGCGCUUUUUGUGUUUGUUUUUGUUUACUAGGGACACACAGGAGUCUUUCUGUAAUGACUUACAUGGUACAAUGUUUGAGAGUUUGCACUCAAUUUUAAAGAAUUUGCGGUUUCUAACGAGGUGAAGAACUACUAUAGGAUCUAAAGUUCCAUUACAGCUUACUGUGAAAGCAUUGACAAGACUGGUCUCAGACAAGCUAAUCAUGGGUGUGACUCUCUCCCUUCCCCAUCCACCUCUUUGGGGACAAGAGGAUUACAUCUCAGGCCAGCAAGAUCAGCUGCUUGAAGCUCUGUAUAAGAGCACUGCACUGAUGGUUUGGAGACCUGGGCCUGGGUCCUGAUUUUUCCACUGACUAAGCUCUGUGGCCUUGGGCAAGUCAUUCCGUCUCUGAGCUUCAGUAUCCUCCUGUCACAGGAGGGAGUGGGGCUAGAUCAUCUUUAAGGUAGGUUCUAGCUUUGACAUCAUCUUGGGGGUUAGGCCAGAGGCUGAGAAGACUGAGUGCAAUUUCUCAGUUACUCUGCCAGGAGGGAACAAGCCCAGAGGCUGAAGCUUCCCAGUAUUUAGAGGCGUGGUAGGGCAGUGUCUGCAUUCCCAGGAGACCCAGGGUGGUUAAAAUAUAUUCUUUAGGUGGCUCGGAGGGCUGGGGAGGCCCAGUGAGGCGGGGGGGAUGGGGGGAGAGAGAGAGAGAGAGAGAGAGAUCGAUCGAGCUUGAUGUAUUGCUCAGUAUUCACCUAGAAAAGUUUCUUCCUUCUUUGGCCUAGUUUGUGGAGGGAUCUUCCUUUGGACUUUCUCUGAGUUGGGAGAAGAACAUUCUUUUCAAUGGAGCUCAUCUUCUAUCUCUAGGCUCUGUGAAGCCUUUCAUCUGUCUGUCCUUCCUCCUUACUGGUAGAAGAAACAGUGGAGAGAAACCACUUCUGGUCCUAGCACUUCUCUUUGGUCUAGAUAGGGUUUGGAUUUAGUAUGAAGCUUUGGCUAAAACCCUUGGGUUUGCCUUAGAGCACUGAACUAAGAACCACAUACACUGACAUGGCGAGGACCAAGAGAGCUCAAGAGGAGUGCUUUGUGAGAAGUGGAUUCUCUCCGUGUCCCUGCCCCCACCCAAACUUGAACAUACCUAUUACAUUUCCAGGCAGCAUCCCCAGGAUGAGGUCCUGGAGAAGGGACUAGGGGAAGUAUCUUUCUGGAUGCUUGUGGUCCCAGAAGGGUACUUUCUGUGCCAUACCAUGUCGCUUCUUUAAGCUCUGCAGGGCAGCCAAAGCCAGCCCUUUUCUCCUACUGCCCCCAGGAGAAAUAGCACUCUUCUCCCUCCCCCAGAUGGCAGGGCUCUGGUCUCCCUACACCUCAUACCCUGCCUGCCUCCUCCAGGAGGAAACUCCAGGGCCCCUUCCUGACUCUCCCCACCCUCACCACUUGUCUCUAGGCUAUGGGACAAUCAUCCCAUUCACCACUUCACAUCCUUGACUUUCAUUCCCCCAACCUCCAGCAGGUUGGCCCCAAUCCCCUUCACCUCUGUGUUUUCUUCCAGAAGAUGCAUUUUGGGUCUGAGAGGAGCAUUUUCCUGGAAGGCCAUCUUUUAAGACCCCUGCUUGCUGUCAUAGUGCAGAGCAGGAAUUUGCACACUGUUUAGAGAGCUCCCUUCCCACCGCUCUGCCCAGCCUUGUUACCUCACUUCUGCUCUGGCCAUAGUUGUGAAGGGCCCAGCCAGCUCCCUGUUUUGAUGUUCUGUGCAACAGCUCUGGGGUCUUGUGACUGGAGAUCCUCAGCAGGCCCUGGAGCCCGGACUGGAGUCUUGGCAGCUGAUGAGCAGCACCUUGCCGGCCAGGAGGAGCUGAUGCUGGACGAUCUCCCCAACAUUUGAAGGCUUAAAGAACAUUGUCAUUCUUCAGCCCUCCUUGCUUCUCUCAAUACAAUAAGACAUUGCAGAAGCAAAAGGGUGGCCUCUGCUCCAGGCAAGGCAGCUGACUGUCUGGGGCAUUGGCCUGGGGCUUGGGUGCCACGUGCUGAGAUUGCAUAGUCAAAGCAGCCAUUUUUGCCAACAAUAGCUUGUGGCUCCCCACAUUUUCCUACCCUGCACUUAAAGGCCAGACCACUCUCUGCAUGGACCAGACCAUCUUCCCAAACCCAUGGUGCUUUUUCCCCAACUCAACCUAGACUCCAAGGUGGGGAGGGAUGGGUCAGAGGCCAUAGUGGCCCCUGGAUAAUCCUGACAUGAGGUGGAGUGGGGUGAGGCAGAGGGAGCAGCCCCAACACCUGCACUGGGCCAUCUAUGGGAAAGAACACGGGUCGAGUGCAGUCGAGUUGUCUGGCCGUCUGUAUUUGGAUCUAUAACUGUACUUUGCCUGGCGCUGUGCGCAAGGUCGGAACACUUACUGCUAGUACCUAGAAACACACAAGGCUGCCCAGCCAAAUCUUAAUGUAAAGUAGCUAGAGCCAUGGAAGUACAGUAUGAAUUAAAAAGAAAAAAGUAUUGAACUACAAUAA